UGUAUGCAUAGAUUCACUGUCACUUGGUUACUAUUUAUUGUGUUUGGACUGUCAGUAAACUAGCUUGCUGGUUCUCGACAGCAUUCAUUUGAACCAUGGACUACAGAGUGCUCGGCGUUGUUUUACUUUCUUUUCUCGCAUACACUUGUGCUGAUCCGGUAAAAUUUGUGGACUGUGGCUCAGUACAUGGGAAAGUAGUUCAGGUUGACAUCAAGCCCUGCUCCCAACAGCCCUGCCAGCUUCACAAGGGACAGUCCUACACCUUUAAUGUAACCUUCAUCAGCAGUGUUGCAAGUCAGACCAGUAAAGCUGUGGUUCAUGGAAUAGUUGAAUGUGUCCCUGUCCCCUUCCCCAUUCCAAUUGACGAUGGGUGCAAAUCUGGGAUUCGAUGUCCGAUUGUUCCACAGAAAUCUUACAACUACGUCACCGAGCUGCCAGUCAAGACUGAGUAUCCAGCAAUAAAAGUGGUUGUGGAAUGGGAACUAAGAGACGACUCCAGCAAAGAUUUAUUUUGCAUCAAGUUCCCUGUUCAGAUCGUAAACUGAAAGUCAAUGCUGAAGCCAUGAUAAAAUGCUUACAAAGGGAUCCGAUUAGAAACAGAAGCAUCUGAAAGAUUGCCUGAAUAGCUUUUAGAUUUCUUAUACAUACAGAUUUUGUGAUUAUACUAUUACUUUUCUAACCAAGACAGAUUAGUCAUUUUAUUUUAAUGUAUUUUCUUUAACUUUGCACACAGAGCCACUGUACAAACAUUGCCAAAUUCUAGUUUGUUGCUAAAAUUGCAUCAAUGAUUGACCGGUUGAGAUGUUGACAAGCAGCGGUGAUCAAUUCAAGUUGUAGCUGUGUGGCUACUUCUAAUCUUUCUAAUCCACAUUUCUUUGAAUGAUUACUUGAGCUUUUCAAACUGUAUAUUUCCUAAAGAAUAUAAA